UCCUCCCUCCCUCUCUCUCUGUUAGCAUCAUGGACGUGUCAAGGUGUACUAAAAUUCAGGUGUCAUUCAAACAGCAGCUAUAACAUGUGGAGUAUGGCUUCAAGAGAUAUUUAUUUAACAUCUGCCUAUAAAUAAAAGAGGAGGAGGAGAAGAGCCCCUGAACCUGAAGAUGAGGCGUCUGUCACGAAAGAAAGCCCUGAGCUUGGUGAAGGAGCUUGACGCCUUCCCCAAAGUGUCAGAGAGCUAUGUGGAGACCUCAGCCUCCGGAGGAACAGUGUCCCUGAUAGCUUUUAGUGCCAUGGCACUUCUGGCCAUCCUUGAGUUCUUUGUUUAUAGAGACACUUGGAUGAAGUAUGACUAUGAAGUUGACAAGGAUUUUUCCAGUAAAUUGAGAAUAAACAUUGACAUAACAGUCGCCAUGAAAUGCCAGCAUGUUGGAGCAGAUAUUCUGGACCUGGCUGAGACCAUGAUCACAUCCAACGGCCUCCAGUACGAGCCUGCUAUUUUUGAACUGACCCCACAGCAGAGACUGUGGCAAAGGACGUUGACUCUCAUACAGAGCAGGCUGAGAGAGGAACACGCUCUUCAAGAAGUCCUUUACAAAACUCUCCUCAAAGGAGGUCCCACUGCCCUGCCCCCGAGGGAGGAUGCCUCUAUGGAGCCGCUCAAUGCUUGCAGGAUUCAUGGGCAUGUCUAUGUCAACAAGGUGGCAGGGAACCUACACAUCACUGUGGGAAAGCCCAUUCACCAUCCUCAGGGUCAUGCCCACAUUGCAGCUUUCGUGAGCCACGAGACGUACAACUUCUCCCAUCGAAUAGACCAUUUAUCUUUUGGAGAGGAGAUACCAGGCAUUAUCAAUCCUCUGGACGGCACAGAGAAAAUCACCUAUAACAAUAACCAGAUGUUCCAGUACUUCAUCACAGUGGUUCCAACCAGACUGAACACAUACAAGAUAUCUGCAGACACACACCAGUUUUCUGUGACUGAGCGGGAGCGGGUGAUAAACCACGCAGCGGGCAGCCACGGCGUUUCCGGCAUCUUUGUGAAGUACGACACCAGCUCUCUGAUGGUGACGGUCAGUGAGCAGCACAUGCCAGCCUGGCAGUUCCUGGUGCGACUGUGUGGCAUUAUCGGGGGUAUAUUCUCCACAACAGGCAUGCUUCAUGGGCUCGUUGGCUUCUUUUUUGAUGUCAUCUGCUGUCGCUUCAAACUUGGAGUCUAUCGGCCCAGAGAGGGUGCACAGCUACACAACCAGAUGAACAAUCUAAACAAUCACCAGACGGCUGACAAUGUCCCUCAGGAAUAGCUGUUUUUCAGUGACCAGGCUUUUGGCCAUUGUUAAAGUGCUGAGUCUGCCUUUUGCAUUGUUUAAUGGUGAGGAGAUUACAUAUUGUAUGACUUACAGUAGGAGAGAAGGUGUAAUCGUCAGAGGAUUUCCUGUGUUAUUUAAUAUUGUUCAGUUUAUUUUUUUUAAAUUGUCAACAUUCCCAUAUGUCUUGAAAUUGUGUUUUUCUACUGAAAAGGGGUUAAGCGGUCUGUCUGACUGUCCUGUUAACUUGAAAAUAGUGAAGUUCACAUCAGAUCAUUGCAGGAAAAUGUGUGCCCUGUGACUGUAGUCAUACAUGUGUUUUUAAACAUUAUUUCCUUGUGAUGGAGUUUGUUUCUUUAGAAACAUUGUAAGCUUUCUGUUCCAUUUGCUGUAAUAGCACAAAUCCAUUAAAAGAUAA